UGCAGAUUAUUGUUACAGGGAUCAGUGUCAUUCGAGGACGUGGCUGUGGAUUUUACUCGACAGGAGUGGCAUGGACUGGACCCUGCUCAAAGAACUAUGCACAAGGAUGUAAUGUUGGAGAACUACAGCAACCUGGCAUCUGUGGGCCUCUGCGUGGCCAAACCAGAGAUGAUCUUCAAGUUGGAGCGAGGGGAAGAGCUGUGGAUAUUAGAGGAGGAAUCUUCAGGGCAUAAUUACUCAGGCUCUCUCUCAUUGCUGUGCAGCAACAAUUCUGUCGGGGGUAAUACCCUUUUGCUUGAUAAGAACCUUCUUCAGCAUCAGAAGAUUCAAACUUUGGAUCAAACAGUUGAAUAUAAUGGAUAUGGGAAAGCCUUUAAUAAGAAAACAGACUUUGUUAGACAUAAGAGAGCACAUACAGGAGAAAAAAACUUUGAAUGUCAUGAAUGUGGGAAAACUUACUGCAGGAAAUCAAACCUUGUUGAACACCUGAGACUACACACUGGGGAGAGACCCUAUGAAUGUGGUGAAUGUGGGAAAACCUUCAGUGCAAGAUCAUACCUCAUUGCUCAUCACAAAACACACACAGGGGAGAAACCUUUUAAAUGUAAUGAAUGUGGGAAAUCUUUUGCCAGGAAGUCACAACUCAUUCUGCAUCGGAGAACACACACAGGAGAGAGACCCUAUGAAUGUAAUGAAUGUGGAAAAACUUUUUCUGAGAAGGCAACCCUCACGAUUCAUAAGAGAACACACACAGGAGAGAAACCUUAUGAAUGUAGUGAAUGUGGAAAAACAUUUCGUGUAAAAAUAUCUCUGACCCAACACCGGAGAACUCACACAGGGGAGAAACCCUAUGAAUGUGGUGAAUGUGGGAAAAACUUCCGUGCAAAGAAUUCCCUGACUCAACAUCAAAGAAUUCACACAGGUGAGAAACCCUAUAAAUGUGGUGAAUGUGGGAAAUUCUUCAGAAUGAAGAUGACUCUCAAUAAUCAUCAAAGAACUCAUACAGGUGAAAAACCCUAUCAGUGUAAUGAAUGUGGAAAAUCUUUCAGGGUGCAUUCAUCUCUUGGUAUACAUCAGAGAAUUCACACAGGAGAGAAACCUUAUGAAUGCAAUGAAUGUGGUAAUGCUUUCUAUGUUAAAGCACGCCUCAUUGAACAUCAGAGAAUGCAUUCAGGAGAAAAACCCUAUGAAUGCAGUGAAUGUGGAAAGAUCUUCAGUAUGAAGAAAUCCCUUUGUCAACACCAGAGAACUCACACAGGAGAGAAACCUUAUGAAUGUAAUGAAUGUGGAAAUGCCUUCUAUGUGAAAGUACGCCUCAUUGAGCAUCAGCGAAUUCAUACAGGAGAGAGACCCUUUGAAUGUCAAGAAUGUGGGAAAGGCUUUUGCCGGAAGGCGCACCUGACAGAACAUCAGAGAAUUCACAUUAGCCGGGCUUUACCUUGUACAGUCCAGAAAGUCCCUACCUGAAGACUCCUUUCAUCAUUUGAUCAAUCCCCUUGGGGCAUCUAAUCACCAGGACACACAGAGUUCACCUGUAACCAUUUUGCACCUACAUUGGUAGAAAAAUGUCUGAUUCCCCUCAGGGGAUAGCUGAUAGUUGCUUUAAUUUGUAUUUCACUAAAUAAUGGUGAGAUUGUGACCAUCUUCUUAUCUGUGGAUGGACUAUUUGGAUUUUUUUUCUGUGCACUGACUGUUCAUAACUUUUGCGUAUCGUUUUUUAAUGGGUUAUUUGUCCUUUAGUUCUUGGUUUAAAUGUUAUUGUUCAUUGUGUUUGUUUUGUUUUAAUAUAUGAGGAUAUAAAAAUUAUUUGUCAAUGAUGUGUGUUGCCAAUGUUUUCUCCCAGUCUGUGGCUUGUUCUUUAGUUUGUUAUCUCUUUUUGUCUACUGAAGUUUUAUGAUUAAUAUUAUCAAUUU